AUGACCCAACCCAAACCCAAGUCGCUUAGUGGCCUGGGCGUGAAGACCUGGCUUCGACAGAUCGUGGAGCGGUACCCUCGGGAGGCGGAACCAGACGUGCAGGAUGAGUUUUUGGAGCAGGCGGUCGUGCAGACACACUUGUUAAUGGACCCGGCGGUUAGGGGGAAGGUAGAGAUGGAAGAACGCUGUAUCAUUAUCAUCCGCGUUAUUGAUGAGAGCUUGGCCCAUACGUUUCUCGACCGGUUACUGUGA